AUGUGCCAGGCCCACCAGCCGGAUUACCGUCCGUCCGUCCCCAUGUUCCGUGCCGUCCACCAACGCAUCAAGGACUGGCACCUGAAGGUCCGGCGGGCGAGUAGUCGCUCGUCCAGUGCCAUCAAUGGGGGAACAGUGGAAGGAUAUUACUUACCGGGACCCACCACGACACUGCCUAACAAUACGCCAGCGGGAACGGUGCUGUCGUUGGGCGCAGACGUGCUACCCGAGUACAAGCUGCAGAAACCGCGCGUGCACAAGUGGACCAUCCUCCACUAUUCCCCCUUCAAAGCCGUCUGGGACUGGAUCAUCCUUCUUCUGGUCAUGUACACGGCCAUCUUCACCCCCUACGUGGCUGCUUUCCUGCUGAGCGAGGAGAAGGCCGACAAGCGCAACAAGAAGUACGGCGACGACCCGAUCGUGGUCAUCGACCUUCUGGUCGACGUCAUGUUCAUCAUCGACAUCCUCAUCAACUUCCGGACCACGUACGUCAACUCCAACGACGAGGUGGUCAGCCACCCCGGCAAGAUUGCCGUCCAUUACCUCCGGGGAUGGUUCAUCAUCGACGUCGUAGCGGCCAUUCCCUUCGACUUGCUCUUCCUAGGAUCUGAGACAGAUGAGACGACAACCCUGAUCGGUCUGCUGAAGACGGCCCGCCUGCUGCGCCUGGUGCGGGUGGCCCGCAAAAUCGACCGCUACUCGGAGUACGGGGCCGCGGUGCUCUUGCUCCUCGUGGCAGCUUUUGCGCUCAUCGCCCACUGGCUGGCCUGCAUCUGGUACGCAAUCGGCAACGCCGAGCGACCUUUCCUAGCCCACAAGAUCGGCUGGCUGGAUGCUCUGGCCCGCGAUACGGAGCAGCACUACAACAAUAGCCACGGAGGACCCUCCAUCAAGUCCAAGUACGUGACGGCGCUCUACUUCACGUUCACCAGCCUCACGAGCGUCGGCUUCGGCAACGUGGCGCCCAACACCAACAUGGAGAAGGUCUUCGCCAUCAUCGUUAUGCUCGUAGGAUCUCUCAUGUAUGCAAGUAUCUUCGGUAACGUAUCCGCCAUCAUCCAGAGGUUAUACUCAGGCACCGCUCGGUAUCACACUCAGUUGCUUAGAGUGAAGGAAUUUAUCCGCUUCCAUCAGAUUCCGAAUCCUUUGAGGCAAAGGCUGGAAGAAUAUUUUCAGCACGCCUGGACUUAUACGAACGGAAUUGACAUGAAUAUGGUCUUGAAAGGUUUUCCAGACUGCUUGCAAGCGGACAUAUGCCUCCACCUGAAUCGCAAUCUGCUCAACAACUGCUCGGCCUUCAAAGGGGCUAGUCCCGGAUGCCUUCGAGCCCUAAGCCUAAAGUUCAAGACGACGCACGCGCCCCCUGGUGACACUCUAGUGCAUCGGGGUGACGUGCUCACAGCCCUCUACUUCCUCUCCAGGGGAACGAUAGAGAUCCUCAAAGAUGAUGUCGUCAUGGCCAUACUUGGUAAAGAUGACAUUUUCGGAGAGAAUCCUUGCAGCUACAAUACCGUCGGCAAGUCGAGCUGCAACGUCCGUGCCUUGACGUACUGUGAUUUGCACAAGAUAAACCGCGAAGAUCUACUGGACGUGCUUGACAUGUAUCCAGAAUUUUGGGAGUCCUUCUCCACUAACUUAGAAAUCACAUUCAAUCUUAGAGAUACUGAUCAAGCAGGUGUAGAUCCUGAACUUUUUAGGCACAAACAAAUGUACAAAGAACCAGAUUCCAUAGACGAAGACGGUGAUGGGGGCAGUCGCACGAACUCCCUCCUGACGCCGAUCCUUCCGCCUGAGGAGGCGCGGACGACGGCGUACGCCUACCCUCGCGCGCGUCGGCGCCGGCGCCGCCCCAAACCGCCUUCAAGUGACGAGGACGCCAGUGACGAAGAAGAACACCGGCGCCGCUACAGCGGCAUGGGUAUUCUCGAAUUUUCGCCAACCAAGGCGGGACAAGACGUGACACCCGCCAACCUCAACUUCGGACAAAACCAGAGGUCGGGGACGUUACAUUCCAUAGCAGGGCUGUUCCGAGAGUUGCGCCGCAGUCUCACGGACACCAGAAUCCCGAAGCCCGAGGCUCUACACGGAGCCAUCACAGCAGUGACCAAUCUGACUGCGGGGCCUGUGCUGUCUACGCAAGGGCCAGAGCAGUUACAACACGCAUCUCGUCCCCCCAGCCUCAUCAUGGGCCGACCUGCCACACAAACCGAACCACAGGAAGCAAAAGAAAGGACGCCGCUCCUGGACGCUGCAGAACCAACUUCCCAAUUGGCCUCCAUGGACUCGACUCCUGGAUCCAUCGGACAUGUGUCCAGUCCUCAGACCAUGUUCCCCUCUGCCCAACCGCCUUUCAUUCCUUGCCAGAGGGUAGAGCACGAAACCCGGAGACCUUGCUCGGGCCCGGGGCGCCUGGGAGCCCUAGGCACUUCCAGUAGCGGGGCCCGGUCUAGUUCCAGUGUAACCAUCCCUCUGACUGGCAGUUCUGUCAACGGGAACAGUCCCGGAGAUGAUCUGACGUCACCUCACCAUCAAGCCUUUCCCCCAGCGAGCUCCAGACCUAACACGCAGAUGUUGGAAGCCAAAUUAGACAACCUGAGCAAGCAAGUGCGGACCAUCGAAACCCGCCUCAGCACAGACAUUCAGACCAUCAUGCAACUCUUAUCUCACAUCGUGUCACACUCAGGUGGAUCCUUGAUUGGCAAUACGACCGUUUCCAAGGAUCUGGUGACUCUGUCCUCAGACCUAACUCCUGCUGAAGAGUUGUCCACGGCGCAACAGUUCAGAGGGAAACCUAGGUAUAGACAAUACAGGAGGGCGGUCAGCUUACAAGGGAGCCUUUCGCCACUCACUCCUGAUGGCGUCUCGCUUAGGUACCUGUGUAGAAGUCUCGACUUGCCUAGAAGUCAAGAACAAGAGCAGCAUCUGCAAACUGUUCAAGACUCAGAGCUUGACGAACCAACGGAACAAGUUCAAAAACCUAAGACAGUGCCUGCGACACCUGCCGGCGAAAGGUUGCAAGAGCAGCCUGCUAGAUGUGCCUCACAACCAUUGGAGCGUCCAAGGCUCCGGAUGGUCUGCCUCAACAGGCACCUUUCGGCAGAGCACCAGCAACAGGGCGACCCCUUCUCCCACGAGUGGGAACCCCCUGGGGAUGUCGUGGGGGGCACAGCGGGGGCCGCCGUGCAGAAAGGGACAGUCCUUCCAACGUCCUCGGGGGCCCACGCCUCCACCCCGGCCCUGUGCCCCCACAAAGGAGAGCGGAAGACCGCCUCCUGGGACGACGUCACCAAGAGACCCCAGUCGUCAGACGUGUAAAUAUUGUGUAAAGAUGUCGUGAAUUUUUUUGUCGGGUUUGUUUCAGGUUUUUUAUUUUUCUACCGCCAGAGCCUUGUGUGUCUAUUGUAGACAGUGCCUGAGACUCCUUGGUUGCCAGACUGACUAUGCAAAAUGAGGACUACUCGAAGAGCCGGUGGCGUAGUUUAUGUAGGAGUGGGAUCUACGUCGUAUUCUUUUUUUCUCAGUCUCUUUCCUUAUCAAUCGAUCUCUAGGUGCUGAAGACGAUGUACUGUGCACGAUCUUGUUCUCUUGAAAGGGAUAUCACUCGGAAAGCAAAUCGCACAGCCUGCACCAAUCAUAACUAUGCCACCGCCGGAAAAACAAACCAGCAACAACAAAGACACAAGAGUCAAUUUUCAGUUCCUCAAACAUAAAGCCCCAGCCUAAACUACCCUUCGUUCAGUUCCAGGUUGCCUUCUCAUGCAAAUUUAAAACACGAAAAUGAAAUUCAAUCGAUUUGUAUUAAAAAAUCAAAAAAUUCUUCAUCUCUACGAGAGCUGGACAGCGUGAACCGUCGACCGAAAGUUGCGAGACAUCUGGUGGGCCAUCUACCACGUGUCUGUCUUGGGAAAGAACCCGGAAGAAGUUCAGAUGAUUGAAGAUUUUGCUUGUUUAAUAUUAUUUUCUAUUACAUGUACGACUGACGACGACCAACAGUAUAGGUGACAGUGGGUUUCAACACUCAGGGAGUCAGAAGAACAAACCCCAUAUCAGGACGAGUCAAUUAUUCCCUCUCUCUAGUCCAUGGUCUGUGAUAAGUUAUGUGUGGUCCUUAUAAGGGGGUGCUGUUGAAAUAACAAACAUAAAAGGCUGGAUUGCGUUUUAGCUGUGAUUAUUAUACCUGAAGCUCUUGCUAAGCAAGAGUGGAUGGAUCGAUUGACUGGACUGCUCUCGAAUUGUGUAUAUAUUAUAUAUAUAUACCAAAGAUAUAUCUAUAAAUAUAUAUAUAUGUAUAUGUAUAUGUAUACACAUACAUAGUCCACUGUUAGGUGCUGGCCGCAGCGUGGGUGCAAUACUUUUAGCUGAAACAGAAGCUAUAGAUGAGUAGGCACACGUAGAGCACAGGUCUUGCCCCAUGCUUCAUUCAUAAACAUUUUCCAUGGCUGCAAACUACCCGGUGCAUAAAGCAGAAAUUUAACGAUAUAUGUAUACAUAUAUAUAUAUAAAAAUAUAUUUAUUUCCUUGUUGCUAUAUUACCAUAAUGAGGUGGCGUCUCUGGGCGCUGCUGUACAAUUUUAAUUACUGCUAAGCAAUCUAUCAUAGUGAUGAGAAAUCAGAUCAAAUAUAAUCGGAGGAAAUAAAUCGUAUAAUUGCAUCUAUAUAUAGAGCUAAAACUACAAAUCACCCAUUACUCGAAACCUUUCUAUUAAACAGCCAUGUUUUUUACCUGCACAACUCUAAGGAAAAAAAUACAAAAAAAAAUACAUAUAUACAUAUAUAAAUAAAAUUAUCCUACUAAUGAGCGAGAAAUUACUAAAAGUACAGUCUUCAUAACUUAGUCUCUACUUAGAUGAACUUUAAUCUCAAAAUUCCCCGAGAGAAGCUUUUUUCAAUCCCGGGGACCAACUCAACUCGCCUUGACUGGGCCACUGCACAGGUCACAACUUAGGGGCCUUCCAGUCCAAUGCGCUGCAACUCGACGCAAACCUUUAACUUUGCACUCCUGCCUGCUUCCUUACUUACAACUACUAUAUAAUCUCACCCAUCUUGUACAUACGUUCGUUGAGUAUUAUGAGAAAUAAUGAAAAAAAAAGCUCCAUUUUUAUAUAAAUUGUUACAUAUUUUACAACAGAGGGUUAGACUAAUGGUGCAUAGAGAAGAGUUUGAGUCAAGCGAGCCUUUUUGCUAUGCAAAUACCGAGGCUGUCGCUACUAUGCUAAAGCCGUGGCCUUCCUUUCAAUGUUAGCGGACUGUUUCUGUUGCAGACCCUACAUCUAUUUUGUUAACGAAUCAUAAAAGCUUCAUCCCACUUGGUUCUCAAAAAAAUUCUGUAUAAUAAAGAGACCUA